AUGGGGUUAUGCUGUAGUUGUCUCCGGGGUAGUGGUUCUCUGGAUGAUUCUACUGGGUUGCCUAUAGCGGAAAAUGAGCGUGAGGCGGUUACUUCGUUGUUGGAGUUUUUAGAGAACAAGGACCAGUACGAUUUCUACUCGGGUAAGCCCUUGCGGGCUCUCACCACUCUAGUGUACUCUGAUAACUUGAAUUUGCAGCGGAGUGCGGCGUUGGCUUUUGCUGAGAUUACUGAGAAGUAUGUUAAUCCCGUGAGUAGGGAUGUUUUGGAGCCAAUAUUGAUGCUUUUGACUAAUCCGGACCCGCAGAUUCGCAUUGCGUCUUGCGCAGCGCUUGGAAACUUGGCAGUUAACAACGAGAAUAAGUUGUUGAUAGUGGAGAUGGGAGGACUCGAGCCACUAAUUGAACAGAUGAAGUCGGACAACGUGGAAGUGCAAUGCAAUGCGGUCGGCUGUAUCACGAACUUGGCUACCCAAGACGAUAACAAAAUUGAGAUUGCUCAGUCGGGUGCCCUAGUACCAUUGACGAAAUUAGCGAGGUCCUCUAACAUUAGGGUUCAAAGAAAUGCAACUGGUGCGUUGUUGAACAUGACGCACUCAGGAGAAAAUAGAAAAGAAUUGGUUGAUGCGGGUGCUGUCCCUGUUCUUGUUUCGUUACUUUCGAGUAUGGAUGCAGACGUACAGUACUACUGUACCACAGCUUUGUCAAACAUUGCUGUUGACGAAUCAAAUAGAAGAUACCUAUCCAAACAUGCGCCAAAGCUUGUUACUAAGCUUGUGUCGUUGAUGAACUCCACCUCUCCUCGUGUUAAAUGCCAGGCAACUUUGGCCUUGAGAAAUUUGGCAUCGGAUACAAACUACCAACUAGAGAUUGUCAGAGCAGGUGGAUUGCCAGACUUGGUUCAAUUGAUUCAAUCAGAUUCUUUGCCGCUAGUGUUGGCUAGUGUGGCUUGUAUCAGAAAUAUCUCCAUCCAUCCCUUAAACGAAGGUCUAAUCGUAGAUGCCGGAUUUCUACCACCUUUAGUAAAAUUACUUGAUUACAAAGAAUCUGAAGAAAUUCAAUGCCAUGCUGUAUCUACUUUGAGAAACUUAGCCGCAUCUUCAGAAAAGAAUAGAGCUGAAUUUUUCCAAUCCGGUGUGAUUGAGAAAUUCAAACAACUUGCAUUGUCUUGCCCCAUUAGUGUUCAGAGUGAGAUCAGCGCAUGUUUCGCAAUCUUGGCUCUUUCUGAUAAUACGAAGUAUGAUCUUUUGCAACAGGACGUCUUGAAAGUUUUGAUCCCAAUGACUAUGUCUCAGGAUCAGGAAAUAUCGGGUAACUCCGCUGCAGCUGUCGCCAACUUAAUAUCGAGGGUGAGUAACCUAGAAAAGAUUUUGGAAUACUGGGAUCAACCAAGCGAUGGUAUAAAGGGUUUCCUAAUUAGAUUCUUAUCCAGCGACUUCCCAACUUACGAACAUAUCGCACUUUGGACCAUCUUACAGCUGUUUGAAUGUCACAAUGAUACGAUUUACAAGCUAAUAAAAGAGGACCAAAAGAUUGUUAGUGGAGUCAAGAAGAUCGCAGAUGAGAACUACGCGGUGGCAAGAGAAUAUAUGCAUGAUGGACAGGGCAAUAAUAAUAUGGAACACAGCACUGACGCUAAUAAUAUGGCCAACGGAAGAUCUAAUAAUAGGCAAUCGAGUGAAAAGGAAGACGCAUCUUUCGAGUUGUACAAUAUCACUCAACAAAUUAUUCAAUUUUUGGUAUGA